CAAGCCAAAAAUUACACCAAAGAGUUCAAACAAUGCAGAGGCUUGUCCGCAAGGUGGUGGUUACACUCCCACACCACCACCACCACCACCAUCAACCCAACCUCUCCUUCAACAACUCUCUCCGCCACCGUAUCUUCCACACUAGUGGUGGCAGCGCCCACAUUCACCACCACACCCCGAAACCUACACAGCUAGGUCACCCAUUUCAUCGUUUUCACUCAUGGCACUCCUCCAACUCCAACCACACCAAAAUCCGAUCGUGUCUCUCCCAACCAAUCAUCGCAUUCAACGCUCUCCGGCGAAUCAGCCUCCUCAACUGCAGGCCCAAGCCUCCCGCUCUUCAUUCUAGAUUCAAUUCCAACCGGAGUUAUGGUUCUUACCGACGUCGUGGUGGUUGGAACUCUUGGUUGGACACGCUAACACCCGAUAACAUGGUUUUCGGCUUGAUUAUAGCCAAUACUGCUAUUUUUUUGUUAUGGAGGAUAGCAGAUGAAAAGUUUAUGAUAAAUAACUUUACUAUCUCUUUGGACAAUAUUAAGAGUGGGCGCUUGCACACUUUGAUUACCAAUGCAUUCAGUCAUGUAGAUGCCUGGCAUAUAAUUUCCAACAUGCUUGGACUCUACUUCUUUGGAACGAAUGUUGUAAGCAAUUUUGGACCUGGAUUUUUGCUGAAGCUGUAUCUUGCUGGGGCAGUUGGUGGUUCUGUUUUCUACUUGGUGCAUCAAGCCUAUAAGGCUCAAUCAUCAAAGGGCUGGAGAUUUAGCAAUCAUUCAAAAGAAUUGGCAUUGGGGGCAAGUGGAGCUGUGAAUGCAGUUAUGUUGCUUCAGAUAUUCCUCUUUCCAAAAGCAACCAUCUAUUUCGAUUUAUUUAUACCAGUUCCUGCAAUCCUGUUGGGAGUCUUCAUGAUAGGGAAAGACAUGCUCAGGAUAAUGGAGGGAGACACUAGUAUAUCAGGAUCUGCACAUUUGGGUGGUGCUACUGUUGGAGCUAUAGCUUGGGCUCUAGUUCGGAAAGGAAGAUUCUAAAUCCUUUUUCAUACCUCAGUAAACCCGAUUCUUUACUUGUUAAUUACCAUUAAAGGAGUUGUUAAUAUUGACACAUGAGUUGCUGUUCCUUUUUGUUUGUCUGUAAUGAAUUACCAUAGCUUAGGUAUCAUUGUUAAGUUAUUGGGUUAAAUUUGAAUUACUAACAGUUGCUGCUGCUUUACAAGCUCCUAUUAGUUACAA